AUGUUAGCGAUUCCCGGUCAUCCGGAAACCCUUCCAACAUGGUGGAAAGAAGCGAUUAUUUACCAUAUCUAUCCGGCCAGUUUCAAAGAUUCGAACAAUGAUGGCUGGGGUGAUAUGAAUGGUGUAACUUCUAAACUAGAGUACAUCAAAGAUCUCGGCGGUAAUGCCAUCUUACUGUGUCCAAUUUGCGACUCUCCACAGGAUGAUAUGGAUUAUGAUAUAGCGAGUUACAAGAAAGUGUGGCCUACUUACGGUAGCAAUGAGGACUGCUUUAACUUGAUUAACAAGACUCACGAGCUAAAUAUGAAAUUUAUCAUCGAUUUGAUCAUCCACCCUCACCAUUGCUCGAGUGAACAUCCAUGGUUCAAAGAGUCUCGAUCUUCAAAGAAUAAUGCUAAACGUGAUUGGUUUUUUUGGAGGCCACCAAAGGGGUUUGAUAAAGAGGGCGAACCAAUUCCACCGGACGACUCAAAAUCAUUCUUUAGCGGUUCCGCUUGGACUUUUGAUGAGCACACUCAGGAAUUUUACUUGCAUUUAUUUGCUGAGACCCAACCAGAUUUGAAUUGGGAGAAUGAAGAGUGUAGACAGGCUAUUUACGAAGAUGUGAUCAGUUUUUGGCUAGACCAUGGUGUUGAUGGUUUCAGAAUUGAUGCAGGUGGCCUUCACUCCGAGACCCAAGAUCUACCAGAUGUUUCUAACAUAAUCUCUGACUCAAAGUGGCAACCGUGUGUGGUUUAUCAUAGCAACGGACCAAGGAUUCAUGAGCGGCACCCAGAGAUGAAUCAGCUCAUGAACAGACUUAAAGAUGGUAGGGAAAUUGUUAUUGUUGGUGAAAUGGCUUAUUCCACUGAUGAAGACAAGAGAUUAUUAACUAGUACUGGUAGAAACGAUAUGUCACACCAAUUUCAUUUUCAUCAUAUUCACUACGGACUGGAUCCGUCGUUCCGUUACAAUCUGGCUCCGACCGAAUUGAAGUACUGGAAAUUGGCUAUCCAGGAAAGCUUUAAAUUCAUCAAUGGUAAUGACGCUUGGUCCACAAUCCACAUGGAAAACCACAACCAAGCUCGGUCCAUCAGCAGGUUCUGUGAUGACUCUCCAAAGUACCGUGCCAUUAGCGGUAAGCUGCUGCAGUCAAUUCCAGAGACCAUGACGAAAACUCCAAUGCCGUGGUCACACGAAGAACCAAAUGCCGGCUUCUGCGAACCUAGUGUUAGGCCGUGGUUAUCGUUGAACGAAUCAUUCAGAGACGGUAUCGAUGUCGAGAACGAGAUUAAAGAUCCCCAAUCUGUCCUGCAUUUCUGGAGAAAAGCUCUUAAGUUCAGAGCCACUCACAAAGAACUUGCAGUUUAUGGAUACGACUUUGAAUUUGUCGACUUUGACAACAAAAAGCUAUUUAGUUUCACUAAGAAGUAUUGCCACAAGACCUUGUUUGCCGCUUUGAAUUUCAGUUCUGAUGAGAUUUCUUUCGAAAUUCCAAAUGAUAAUUUAACUUACUCACUAGCCUUUGGCAACUAUUCUGAAGAGAAGGUUGACCCAUCCCUCAGAUCUUUGAAGCCUUGGGAAGGGAGGAUUUACAUCCACGAAAACUUUUCUCUCUUGGAUCUUUAG